GCCAGCGCCACGGAGAAUUCUCAGACUUGUUUCUGACAAUUUGCCGGUGUUUUUUGUUUUGAUUCCCAGGAAGUUUUCUUUCGCAAUUUUUUGUGCUCAAAAGCCAUCCGGAAAGAGUGAUAAUGUCGUCUCCGGCUCCGAAGUCUCCUGAAGUGUCUGACAAGAGCAAAAAAUACGACCGACAGAUAAGAUUGUGGGGUGAACAUGGCCAGCAGGCUCUGGAAUCAGCUCAAGUGUGCCUUAUAAAUGCCACUUGUUUAGGCACUGAGAUCCUCAAGGGGAUAGUUCUACCAGGAAUUGGUGGGUUCACAAUUGUAGACGGGCGAGUGGUUACUGAGGAAGAUGUUGGAUCCAAUUUCUUCCUGGAACCCUCAUCAGUCGGUCAAUCCCGAGCCCAGUGCUGUUCCCAUUUGCUCCAAGAGCUCAAUCCGGACGUCAAUGGGGACUAUGUUGAUGAGAAUGUAGACUCCCUGUUGGUGAAUAAUCCAGAAUUCUUCAAGAACUUUGAUCUUGUGGUUGGAACAGCGCUGUCUGAAAAGACAAUUGUGAUUCUGUCCAACAAGCUCUGGGAUCUCAAUAUUCCCUUCCUUGUCUGUCGAUCUGUGGGCUUUAUCGCCAGCGCUAGGCUUCAAGUCCGGGAGCAUUGUAUCGUUGAGUCCCAUCCGGACAAUCGCCAAACGGAUUUGCGUCUCGAAGAGCCUUUCCCUGCCCUCAUUGAGCACUUUGAAAGUGUCCCUUUGUCCCCAAAAAUUCCCUGGUUGAUUGUCCUAUACAAAUUCCUGAAAGACUGGGCCAAGGAUAAACCCCAUUCUAUUCCCAAAAAUUACAAAGAAAAAUCCGAGUUGAGAGAGUUGAUCAGGGGAGGGAUGGAAAAAGAUGAAGAGAACUACGAGGAAGCCAUUAAAGCUGUGAAUUCUAGCUUUAGUGGCGGAAGAGCUUCCGGGAGUGUCCGGAAGCUCCUGGAAGAUCCUCAGUGUCUCAAUCUGAAAAAGGAGAGUAAACCCUUCUGGAUUCUUGUCCGGGCUCUAAAAGAUUUCGAAGCCAAUGAAGGAAAAGGUUGGCUUCCCCUUCCGGGAAUCCUUCCGGACAUGACAGCCGAGACAGCCUUCUACAUAGCUCUGCAGAAUGUCUACAGGAAUCAGGCUCUUGCCGAUGCAGAUGCCAUCUAUCGAAGGGUCCAGCAUCUGCUCAAAGAAGUCAAUCUUCCCUGUGAUGUGAUCACGGAGAAGGAUGUCCGGCAGUUCUGCCGUGAAGCUGCCAACAUUGCUGUGAUUCGAGGCACAAAAAUUGCCGAUGAAUAUGACAAAUCCUACAAAUGUCCAGCCUUUGGGGAUUGCCUAGAAGUCCCAGGAACGCUCAUUGAGCACUAUGUGGCCUUGAGAGCUAUGGAACGCUUCCACAGUGAACACGGAUGUCUCCCAGUGGAAGUUGAGACUGACACAGCACGCCUCAAAAAUCUCUCAGGAAAACUCUUUGCAGAAGCCAGCAUCAGUUCCAGUUUGAGCGACGAACUGGCCCAUGAACUCUGUCGCUAUGGAGGAGCUGAAAUUCAUUCGGUUUCCUCCUUCAUGGGCGGAUGCGUUGCCCAGGAAAUCAUUAAGAUAAUCACCAGGCAAUUCCGACCCAUCAACAACACUUUCAUCUACAAUGCUAUCAAAUGUGAAACAGCCACUUACGAGUUGUAGAGGAAAUUAUUAUUAUUAAAAAAUAAAAUAAUAAAUUUAAAGCCUAA